AGGAAAUUUCCGAAAAAUUUACUUUCUUUAGGAAAUAUUCGAAAAUUUUGCCUUCCCUUCAUGGACGAAUGCAACAUCUUAUUAAUUUGGAAUUGAAUAAAAAUAUUUAUUUAUAUAUAAAGUUUAAACGUUACAAAUACCAAUUCUGCGAAUUGUCUUAUCUGCAUUUUAAGGUUCAAAAGGGCAUUUGCUUUAUUUCAUGAAUUAUGUUUUAUAAAAUAAAGACACUUACUGGAAAGCUGUUGCAGAGAAAACUACUUGAAAAUGGGCAAUUUGUGGAUUUAUAAAAUCGUUGGGAUUUUAUUAAUUUCUAAAAUAAAUGAAAUCUUGGCCACGGGUGAAAUGUACACAUCGAGCAAUAAUAAUAAAUAUUAUAUAGAUGGGGAACAAAAGUACAAUUGGUUUGAAGCGGUCGGUAUAUGUUCAAGCAUGAAUAUGAAACUGGUGACAAUUGAAACGAAAACUAAAUCCGAUGACAUUAAUGCACUCGUCCUAAAGUCAUUUGAUAAACGCAUUUCACUUUGGGUUGGAGGUAUUGCAACUAGAGAUAAUACUAAUAAACUUAAAUAUAUAUGGAUUUAUACUGGUCAACCGUUCAGUUAUGUCUAUUGGUCACCAAAUAAUCCAGAUUUUAAAAAUAACAAUGAGUAUUGUAUUAAUAUUGGUUCUACUGAUGAUAUGAAAUGGAAUGAUUAUCCUUGUACUCGUACACUUGGAGUCAUAUGUGAAUUACAAGAAAAUAAUAAAAUACAAAUAAAUUUUAAUUUUUAUAAUAAAUAAUUUAUGUUUGAAAUCAGAACGCUCUCCCCUAUACUGUUUAGUAUUAGAUUUAAUAUUUUGAAAUAUAUAAAUUUACAAACGGAAAUCCAUAUUUUGUUUUGAAACAAAUAAAUAAAAAUUCUUAUUUCAAAAAACACAA